UAAAAACUAAAGCCAGUUGGAAAGACGUUCACUUGCUGGUCACCUGAUCAACCUCACGGUCUCAAGCACCUCAUCCACACACUGCGGUGACAAGUCAGUCAAAAGUUAAUUUCACACCACCGAAAAUCACUGAUUUGGACCAGAGCAACCAAGGACUCAAAAUUCCUUGACCACGAACGACCUACUCAAGGCCAGAAAUCCGGCAGGUCAUCGCUCUCUGCCUCUCGAAAAUUUCGUGAACGGAACGUCAAUAAAAUUCUGUUGGUGAAUCCUACUAGAUGCCGUUCUCCCAUUAACCAUGAGCUUGAUAAUAUCACCACAUACUUGCUCGAUGUCGCCCGCCACUCGACAAAAUAGCCCGGUGCAGUCAGGUCAUGGGUCCCCAAGGCUAAAGCCUCCAGCAAAUCAAAAACAUGAUCUGGAUGCUACAAUGACAAGCCAGCAAAGACAAGAGCGCUCUGAAAAUUCUCCAGUUAUCGAAUAUGAAGGCCCACCUGUAAAAUCACAAGAUUUUAUUGAUCCUUUCCUUUCACAGUACAUCAAGCCCACCAGCGAUCUUAACCAUGAGAUAUACUUCAGAUCGCUCAACAAGCAAGUUUGUAUUAAGAGUUUUGACUACUAUCAAAAAUAUCUUAACCACGACAAAGGUACUCCUAACAGAAUUACUUCGUUGAAACAUGAUACUACAUUGGCGCAAAAGCCAAAAUCGCCAUUGCGACAAGAAGUUUCCCCAAAGCUUGAAUCGAGGAUUGAACAAAAGCCAGAUACCCUAGAUCAACGGAUACCACAACGAAGAAGACAACCUGGUAUCGAAUCAGGUAUCCAGCCAGACUUGAAGAAAACUCAGCAUGAACUCAUUUCCGAGACUCUUCUGGUACACUUCGAGGAGUGUCCUACCACCGACUUGAUUAAUUUGAUGGCUCGUAUGAUCCUGUCACUUAUCAGUCUAAAUGAUCGCAGUGUGCCCGCAUCUAUUUCCAGUCCGCCUGCUUUCAAGUCUCCAGUCGUGGGCUCUGAGCAAAAGAAUAAGUUGCUUACGCGAUACCACUCGCGUACUCCACCAGCAAUAUCUAUUCACACAUAUAUCAGCAGACUCGCCAAAUUUAACAACCUCACGCCGGCAACUUUGCUCACAACGAUAUAUUACAUUGAUCUACUAUCACACAACUUCCAGCCAUACUUCACACUCAAUUCCUGGACUGUCCAUCGGUUUCUAUUGGUAGCCACGAUGCUUGCACAAAAGUCAUUAGAGGACUUUUUCUAUACCAAUGAUCACUAUGCACGAGUUGGCGGUGUGGCCUUGACUGAGUUGAAUUUUUUAGAGCUUGAUUUCUUGAACAGAGUCGAUUGGAAAGUCGUUCCUGCAAAGCAAAUACUGUCAACACAAACUUCUAUCAAACAUUCGAAGGAAGUGCUCGAUUUAUACUACUGGCAGUUGGUUAAUCUUAUGGGAAAAAACAUAACAGAAAUGGACAGGGUAACUUACUUCCUAUCACGAGGGUCUGACGAUUAGAUGGCGUUGUUUUUGACGACCAUCUUUACUGGAAUGGAAUAUGACUAUAAUUGUCGUGGUUCCAUUA